CCGCCGACAAAAACUCUUGACAAGCCUUCUUCUUUAAGAGGCGCAUCUCUGAAACUUGAACCAGCAGUAAGGAUAGAGAGGAUUCAUUCAGACAACUAGAAAACUAUUUAAAUAUAUCGCUGCGUGGACGAACACCGAAUCUUGGUUGAAAUAGUACUUUUUUCUUUUGAAACUCUUCCAUUUUACAUAUAUUUUGGGGGAAAAUACAGAUUGAAAACACACACAAAAUGAUGAUGAUCAAUGGACCGUCUUCAAAAUAAGACAAAACCAAAGAAUCCGAAGACACACCAAAAACCUCAAUCGUCUUUUCAUUUUUCGUCCUUCCCAAGUCAUCAAAGAGAUCAACGAUGCUUUGUCAAACUGCAAAAUUGCCGUUCCUUCCUGUUAUGAUGUUGAUUGUCACCACCCAAGUCUGGGCAGCACCGACAGAGAGAGAUCACAUGAAACCUCCAAGUCUUCUUCCUACUCAUUUUCAUUUGUCAGCUGCACCGCCAAGGUUUUCCGCCUUUGGUCAAAGUGAGCUCCUCAAACAAUGGCGUGUGAACGGCAGAGCGUCUGGGACGGAAGGCACAAGACGAGGAGACCGAAUCACCUCCAAGACUGCUGGCCUGAGAUACCCUUCGGGGGCAGACGGUUCUGAGAAGCGGGUCCAGAUACUGAAAAUGAUCUCAGUUCUUGAGGAGAUGCAUCGGACGUUCAACAGUACACUGAGCACAAGGAUCACCUUCCUGCCAAGAGGAAAUGCCAGAAAUCCAGGGCGAAAAAAUAAAAUGGCUGCAGUGAUGUUGCCGACGGUCCUACCAGCAACCACUGGUAGCACGGCUUCCAGAGCGAGUGCUGGCGUCAUCGUUCCCAGCCUUACCGGCCGCGUCUCACGCAAGUCGCUUCCACCACAGUCCAAGAAGACCAACAAAAGAGUGUGCUUCUGGAAGUACUGCUCCCAAAACUGAGUUCCCGCGUAAACCCAUUGUGAGCCACUUUUCGCUCCCUUUAUCCAUCUCCUUUCCUCUAUGCAUCCAUCCAUUUGACGUUAUGGCCUUUGCUUUGUCCUAGUUACUUUUGGAAAAAAAGAAGUAACUAUCACUUGACCAAAGUGUUGCCUAGCUUAUGCAAAGUUUUGAUUCAUCCCUAUUCUCCAUGCAUCCAUCCAGCCAACCAGUUUCCAUAUCUAUCCUCUGGGCUCGCGUUUGACCUCUGCAUGCUAGGCAACAGUUGCUUAGACAUCAGCAGGCCACCACAGCGGCGCCAACACCGACAUAGACCUUUUUAUCCAACUCGUUAAUUAACAAAACUGACUGAUCAAAGAAGACGAUGUGUGCACAAGUCUCAGCACAUGAAAAAAAAAAGAAAUCUCCAUUUAAUACCACCCCCACCUGCC